AGCGGAACCAAUAUGGCUGCGUCCUUAUGUCAUCAUAUGUUCAACAAGACUUGAUUAGAAAUACUAGAAUCUAGAUUUAGAAAAUAAUUUAGAUUCUGAUAGCAGAUAGACUGUCUAGAUCUAGUCUAGUCAGGGUCUAGAUCUUAAGUCUAAAUCUUAGACCUAUCUAGACAGUCUGAGAUGACCUGCAGAGGCUCUGUCAAGUUCCUCCAGCUGUGGUCAAGAGUUGCCAGUGCUAGACUGUCUUCCCACUACUAUGUCUCAGGAACAUUGCACAGCGCCCACCCUCUAGUAUGCUGCAGAUAUAAAUCAAAGAAGUCGAGUGACUCGCUCUCCUCAGUUAUUCAGCCAAUAGCUGUUCAACCCGCAGCUAAGAAUGCAGACGACAUUGAUAUUGGAGAAGAAUUGACUGGAGCCAUUAGGAAGGAGAAUAUGUUAAAACUGUUGAUGCAGUUUCACAGUCGAGAGGAAGUAAAAAAGUUAGCACAAAGUUAUGGAUUGGAUCACAGUUUGUUCCAUAAAGCUUUCUUAAGUUUUAGAAACUUUUGUAUCAAAUCCGAACAGUUACCUGUUGACCUUCACAUUGUGUUCAGUGAUAUACUCCAGGGCUCGGGUCACGUCGAUGACAUCUUCCCAUACUUCCUCAAACACAGUUAUGAAGUAUUUCCUCACUUAGAAUCAAUGGAAGACCUAAAGAAAAUCAGUGAUCUUCGUUAUCCUGCCAAUUGGUAUCCUGAAGCACGUUCUAUACAGAGAAAGUUUAUCUUUCAUGCUGGUCCAACCAACAGCGGGAAAACUUACCAUGCCUUAGAGAGAUUCAUCAAGGCUGAGUCUGGUGUCUACUGCGGCCCGCUCAAACUUUUGGCCUCGGAAGUAUUCUACAAAUGUAACGAGGCUGGAACGCCUUGCGAUUUGGUGACAGGGGAAGAAAGAAGAUAUGCUCAUGAAGACCAGACAUCAUCAGCCCAUGUGGCAUGCACCGUGGAAAUGGCCAGUUUAGCCACACCUUAUGAUGUAGCCGUUAUAGAUGAGAUUCAAAUGAUCAAAGACCAGCAGAGAGGGUGGGCCUGGACUAGGGCAGUCCUUGGUUUAUAUGCCAAAGAGAUUCACGUGUGUGGUGAAGCUUCAACUAUAGAUCUAAUCAAAGAAUUGGCUUUGUCAACAGGGGAGGAAGUGGAGGUGCGUAAAUACAAAAGACUGACAAAUUUAACAUUCCUGGAUUAUUCAGUUGGAAAAUUUGAAAACAUCCGGCCUGGUGAUUGCGUAGUCUGCUUUAGUAAGAAUGACAUCUACUAUGUGACCCGACAGCUGGAGCUACUCAACAAAGAAUGUGCAGUAAUUUAUGGCUCUCUCCCACCAUCCACAAAAUUAGCUCAGUCUUCCAAAUUUAAUGACGUCAAUAGCUCCUGUAAAGUAAUGGUGGCCACUGACGCUAUAGGCAUGGGUUUAAACCUAGCCAUCAAACGUAUUGUCUUCUAUUCUGUAAUGAAGCCCAUGCUGAAUGAGAAGGGGGAGAAGGAGAUGGAUCUCAUCUCAACAUCCCAAGCUCUACAAAUAGCUGGUAGGGCUGGACGCUACAACACCGCUUACGAGAAUGGAGAGGUCACCACGUUUUACACCAAGGAUUUGAAAAUAUUGAAAGAUAUAGUCAACCAACCUAUCGAGUCCAUUAAACAAGGUGGCUUACACCCAACAGCUGAUCAGAUUGAACUGUUUGCAUUUCAUCUUCCUAAAGCAACAUUAUCUAAUCUCAUCGAAAUCUUUGAGCAAAUCUGUGCACUAGACAGUACCACCUACUUUAUGUGCAAAAUGGAGGACUUCAAGUUUCUCGCAGAUAUGAUAGAGCACGUCCCGUUGCCUCUGCGUGUCCGCUACGUGUUUUGUUGUGCUCCCAUCUCGGUCAAGCAGCCAUUUUCUUGCACCAUGUUUUUACAGUUUGCCAGGCGUUUCAGUCGCAGUGAGCCCCUGACGCUGGAUUGGUUGUGUCAAAGAAUUGGCUGGCCAAUGAAACCUGCUGGUAACUUGGCAGACUUGAUGCAUCUUGAGAGCGUCUUUGAUGUUUUGGAUUUGUAUCUGUGGCUUAGCUAUAGAUUUCAAGACAUGUUCCCUGACCCAGUAAUGGUGAGAGUUCUCCAGACAGAGCUGGAUCAAAUCAUACAGAUUGGAGUCAGAAACAUAGUCCAGUUGGUUAAGAACCAGCAGAACGGCAGCCAGGAGAUGGUAGACAGUGAGGAUAACUUUGUCAUGAAGACGAGGAACAUGAAGCUGUCACACAAGAGACCAUUGGACUAUGACUUGCAGAAAGCCAAGGAAAUACAAAGUUCAGAGAACAAGGCUGCUGUGAGGAAAUUAUCACAAAAACUAUUAGACAGCGGUGAAUUAAGCUCUGAGACUCUGGAGAAGCUGCGGAAAGAAUGGCUGCAGGAAGUGAAACAAAGUGGACAGAUGACGGAAGACGAUGAGAAAUAAAAACAAAACAGUCCCAGCUUACAAAAGAAUAUUUGAUCUAAAAGUGUGUGCACAUCAAACCUUCUACACUCAGCUGUUACUGACCUAUGAGAACUAUGAACAACACUUUGAUCUUAGCCAGGGAGUUCUCGUUGUAUGAUCACUCACUAGCCAGGGAGCUCUCAUUGUAUGAUCACUCACUACCCUGGGUAAUAAUGAGGUUGAUGUUAUGUUUAAAAUGACCUUUAAACAAUUUCACCUUUAAUGUUUCACAAUGGACACUUCGUUGCCUUUUUGUCAGAGAAAGUAGGUAUGUAUAUAGAAAAACAACCUUGUAGUCAAGAGACUGAAGUCUUAGCGCUUCAAUAUGGAGAGAGAAUCUCAAACUGGAAUGUUGGUACCAUUUCAUUUGAAGUUUGAUAGUACCUGGAGCUUUAGUCUAACAACAUGUACUGCAUGGGGAAGGUCAUUGUAUGGAGCAGUCCUUUCUCCUUUUGACUCCCAGUGGAGCAUAGGGGCACAUCAUUCUGGGCCAUUCCUCUCACUUGGGUCCAUCCAUCCUGCCAUCUUUGUUUCUUGGUCUACCAAAUCUCCUUCAUGUUUGUUUUUGUCUUCUGGUUAUUCUGUUCCGAUGUGGGUUCCUCUCACUUGGGUCCAUCCGUCCUGCCAUCUUUGUUUCUUGGUCUACCAAAUCUCCUUCAUGUUUGUUUUUGUCUUCUGGUUAUUCUGUUCCGAUGUGGGUUCCUCUCACUUGGGUCCAUCCAUCCUGCCAUCUUUGUUUCUUGGUCUACCAAAUCUCUUCCAUGUUUGUUUCUAUCUUCUGGUCAUUCUGUUCCCGUGUGGGUUCCUCUCACUUGGGUCCAUCCAUCAUGCCAUCUUUGUUUCUUGGUCUAGCAAAUCUCCUCCAUGUUUGUUUUUGUCUUCUGGUCAUUCUGUUCCCGUGUGGGUUCCUCUCACUUGGGUCCAUCCAUCAUGCCAUCUUUGUUUCUUGGUCUAGCAAAUCUCCUCCAUGUUUGUUUUUGUCUUCUGGUCAUUCUGUUCCCGUGUGGGUUCCUCUCACUUGGGUCCAUCCAUCCUGCCAUAUUUGCUUCUUGGUCUACCAAUGUCCUCCCUACCAAUGUCCUCCCUACCAAUGUCCUCCCUACCAAUGUCCUCCAUGUUUGUUUCGGUCUUCCGGUCAUUCUCUUCUUGUGUGGGUUCCUCUCCAGACCUAAUACGACAGUAACAAUACUGUGAUCUUGAGCUAAGGUCUUGUGAACUGUAUUCAUUGACUCUAUGCACUGAGGUUGUGUACUGUGUCUGUAGUACUGUACUGCACAACUAAACACAAAACAAAGUGAUAAUGUAUAAUAAAUGUAUGAUAAGUAAUGUAUAUACAAAUAACAUUGAAUUAGUAUUCAAUACAGAUUUCUUGUUUUAUAAACUUAACUACAAUAAAACUUGUCAGAGGUUU